CGGGUGACCCCCGUCUCGAUUAGCAGUUUGCGCAAGCGCAACCAGCUCUUCUGGUUAGAGUGUCCAUUUUGAUCACAUGUGAGUAUCUCCAGUCUGUUCUCUCUUUUUCACGGUGAAUUUAGCUGAUCGACUUGUGAUCACUUGAACAAGUUUGUAAAACGUGCAUUGAAAAGUCUCGAGAAUAAAGAACAACAAUAUUUAAGACCAAUUUAUAUCCGUGAUUUCUUUAAUAUAUUCCGACAAUCGGCAAUUUCGACGACGAACUACAUACAAUCCUUUUCGCGCCAUCUUCUUAAGGAAAACGGUCAAAAAACCGUAGUAAACUCGUACUCGAAGAAUAGCAGAAUGGCAGAUAUAGAAGAUACUCACUUCGAAACUGGAGACUCUGGUGCUUCUGUAACAUACCCAAUGCAGUGUUCUGCUCUGCGUAAAAAUGGGUUUGUUAUGUUGAAAUCUCGACCAUGUAAAAUCGUAGAGAUGUCAACUUCUAAAACAGGAAAACAUGGCCAUGCCAAAGUACAUCUUGUAGGCAUUGAUAUUUUCACUUCAAAAAAGUAUGAAGAUAUUUGUCCAUCUACGCACAACAUGGAUGUACCAUUUGUUAAACGAGAAGAUUACCAGCUAGCAGAUAUAUCUGACGAUGGCUAUUUAUGCCUGAUGGCUGAUAAUGGUGAACUCCGUGAAGACUUGAAGAUUCCUGAUGGUGAACUGGGUGCUCAAUUACGUGCUGAUCAUGAGGCUGGUAAAGAACUUCUUUGCACUGUGCUGAAGGCAUGUGGUGAAGAAGUCGUAAUCGCCAUUAAAACUAACACUGCCAUCGAUAAAUAAUUGUGUUCAGUCCAGACUCCACCAUCACAUUAAAGAAAAAACAAAACAUUCAGUUAACAUAUUAUUAAGAGAAACCUAAGAUACAAUACAAGAUGAUCAGUGGUUAAUGUAAGAACUAUUACCAACAACAAAUAGAGAAAAAAGUGAGGAUCACUUGAGAAAAGAAUAAGAAGAGGAAAGAAAUGACAAGGAAAGAUAAAGAGCCAGACAUACAAUUUAAAAAACUGAAAGGAAGAGAAAAAUGUGCGUUAGCAUAUAUAGUUGAGUAAUUAAAAAACAAGUGUGAAGGAGGAGGGGAUUACAAAUAAUGAAAUAAAUAUAAAAACAAAACAAAAAAAAAAUAAAAAAAUGAAUAAAAAGAGAAUAAACCAAGAAACAGUAUCAGCUUAAACUUGAAAAAUGGAUGUUUUUGGCGGCUUAAAAUAUCGGAAUUAAAAAGCAGUUUUGAUAGUGAGAAAUUUCGAAAAA